AUGCGGUCGAUGGAGGAAACGCAGGUUCGAUGGGAGGCGACACGCAAGCACUGCACGUCGGUCGCCGACCUGCAGCGGGCAGUCAAAAGUAACGGUCCGUCAAGUCCGUGUCUAUCCGGCUGCCGCUCUGUGUGUUGGAAGACCUUUCUAUUGUUUCAAGAGACUGGCGCCGACAGCUGGAUACAGACGCAGCGACAUACCAGAGAAACGUACACAGAACGGCGAGAUCACUUUCUCAAAUUCAUUCGCCACCCCGAGUCUCUUGCAGAAAUUAGCUCAGAUCCCCUCAACGACGAUCCUGAAUCGCCGUGGAACACGCUUCGCCAGGAUGAGGUGAUACGAGCUGAGAUAGAGCAAGAUGUCAAGCGCCUGCCAGACGAGGCCAACUACCACCAACAUUGGAUUCAGCUUCUCAUUCUCGAUGUCCUCUUCAUCUACUGCAAGCUGAACCCUGGCCGCGGCGGGUACCGCCAGGGCAUGCAUGAGCUUUUGGCACCCAUCGUGCAUGUCCUGGAGCAAGACGCUGUGAAUCGCGAAUCGCUUGUAGAAAACGACCUGCUCGAUGCCACCAUGCUGGAGACACUUGAUGCCGCCUACAUUGAGCACGAUGCCUACGCAAUCUUCUCCAAGCUCAUGGAGCGGGCGCAGUUCUUUUACGAAGUCAAGGAUGUGGCACCGGGCACUCAGUCGUUUCAGGAGACCAGCUCGGCGAUUGUCGAAAGAAGCAAGCAUGUCCAUCAAGUCUUGCUCAACAAGAUUGAUCCUGAUUUGGCGGCCCACCUCACCAAUGUUGAAAUUCUGCCGCAAAUAUUCCUCAUCCGUUGGAUACGUCUGCUAUUCAGCAGAGAAUUUCCCUUUGACCAGUUCCUCGUCCUCUGGGAUACCCUUUUUGCAGUUGACCCGUCACUGGACCUUAUUGAUUUCAUCAGUUGCGCCAUGCUUCUUCGCAUUCGCUGGCAACUUCUGGAAGCCGACUACUCGGUCUGCCUACAACUUCUCCUCAAAUAUCCCGCCCCGGAUCCCAAGCACGGUCCGCACACCUUUGUUGAGGACGCCAUCUAUCUACGCAGCCACCCAGACUUCCCCGGCGGCUCCUCCAUUAUUUCCAAGUAUACAGAUCGAUCGCCAGCCACACCUGGCGCCUCAGCCACCAGCCCGACGACAGCCGCGGCACGCCGCGGCCUCGAAAGCAUCCGGCAGCGCGCUCUUCGCAGCGGCACCUCCCAGCUCCCCGGCGUCGGCGUCGAGCAGUUCUUCCAAGGGGCAGCGAAGAGCGCCCGUGCCGCUCUGGAGCGGGGCGAGAAGCUGGGCAUCAACCAGGCGGUGCGCGAUGCUGUGGGCGAGCUGCGCCGCAACAUGCAGAACCUAAACGACACUAGAAUCGCGCCACGGCCACCGCAAGGAGGCGACGCAGCCGCGACGCUGGCGGCCAUGGACAAGCGUAGCAAGCAGCUGGCGACGUUUCUGAACGAGACGGUGGCGGACCUCAAGGCGCUGUCAGCGUCGAACCUGAACGACAAGGUCAAGAGCCUCCAGAUGAUUGAGGUGGCGGCCGCCAAGGUGCAGUUUGUGCAGAUAUAUCUGGAAGACUCGACAAUGGACGUGCCCUCGUUCCAGGAGGAAGCGCCGCGAAAGUCGGAAGAUUCUGUCAAGCAGGGUGACAAGCAGGAAACGAAGGGCAAGGACGAUGCCAGAAAGCUAGAUGCCGCUAUCCAAAAGAGCACUGGGGCAAAAUCGCAAGCAACAGAGGCUGCUCCUCCAAAGACAGCAGCGGAAGUGCCGCCAGGUGUCCCAGAGAAACCGGAUCUGGCAGACAGGAAGACGCCUACGAAAUCCGCACAGCCUGCGAAGCCCACAACACCCGCGGCGAGCAAAGCGCCGACCGCACCACCGAAGCCAGAGACAAAAGAGGCAGUGCCCGACAAGAACUCGCCGGGGAAACCACAAGACUCGGCGGCAGAGACGGCAGAUGCCCCAUCAGAACCAACAGCGGCCUCUGAUCAACUAGCGCCGGCGCAGCCUCCUGCGGCCGCCGCGCCCGUCAGGCCGCAGCUGCCCGCCGUGCCCACGCGGUCCACGAUUGCACAGUCGUCCUUUUCGUGGAUGCUGGAGCCCGACGAGUCGACCCCAUCUGCCGCCACCGCCGCCGGCAGCAAGUCACCGACGCCGCAGUCCAAGAAGCGCAUCGCCAACAGCGUGAGCCGGGAGCGCAACGCGUUCCUCUUUGGCGACGGGGGUGAGGAGGCCAGCAGCAGUGAUCCGCUGGCGUCGAACGGCAUCUUUGGACUGGAGUCCAUCAGCAAGCCCAAGGGUAAAUGA